AAUCCGAUCCGAAAUCUUGAAUGGGGGAAAUUGUGUACGGUUAUCAAUCGCUCGUAUUUCUGAAUGACCAUCUCUGAAUACUGUCAAACAUAUUGAGAUUGAUUUCUGGUUUACUCCUUUUCAAACCAAUGCUGUUGUAGGCGUUAGAGUUAGCUAGGUGAAAUAGUUUUUGAUCGUUAGACUAGAAAGUAUAUGAAAGUUUGGCGAAAGGAAAAACAGCGCCCAGAAUAUGGGCAUAGAAUUCUUUCGCGAGGCAGGAGAUCUGGUAAUAAAAUCGCAGAAAAACAGAGUAUGCCUCUCGCAUUGAUAUCUGAUCCUUGGCAACGUAUGCAAAUUCAAGAUGCUGAAACUGGAGCCAAGUGGUCCAUAUGUGCGUAUGGUUAGCAGAUGAAGAACGGUGAAGCGAAAAGAAUCUUUUAGAAAUUAGGUUGUCGUUUGUUCUGAUUAGGAGUUAUUUCAUAAUAGUAGAUCUACAGGAUGUUUUUUAUGAAUAACCAGAACCCUGCAAUUUGUGGUCCUCCAUCUAUUGAUGAAAAAUCUUGUACUCCUCAAACAGAAACUAUGGCUGCAGAGGAGAAUUUGGAAGAGAUGCCACAGCAAACUGAAGAAGAUAUGGAUACAAACGAAGUAGUAGAGGGAUUGCAUGAAAUAGAAUUGAGAGAUAUAACUAAGGAAGGGCAUCCUAAAGGUGCUCCAGAUCAAUUUAAACUUCUUCAAGUGCUUGGACAAGGAUCAUUUGGAAAGGUAUUUCUUGUAAAGAAAGUUGUGGGUCCUGAUGCUGGUGCUCUUUAUGCUAUGAAAGUUCUAAAGAAAGCAACAUUAAAAGUCAGAGACAGAAUGCGGACAAAGAUGGAAAGGGACAUUUUGGCGGACAUCAGGCAUCCUUUUAUUGUGAAAUUACAUUAUGCUUUUCAGACAGAGGGUAAAUUAUAUUUAAUAUUAGAUUUCUUAAAAGGUGGAGACCUCUUUACUCGACUGAGUAAAGAAGUAAUGUUCACAGAAGAAGAUGUAAAAUUUUAUUUAGCAGAACUGGCACUUGCACUUGAUCAUUUGCAUAGUCUUGGUAUUAUAUAUAGGGAUUUGAAGCCAGAAAACAUUCUUCUGGAUGCAGAUGGUCACAUAAGUCUUACUGAUUUUGGUUUAUGUAAGGAAGCGCUAAGUGAUCAGAAAGCUUAUUCCUUUUGUGGUACAGUUGAAUAUAUGGCUCCUGAAGUUAUCAACAGAAAAGGGCAUACAACAGCUGCUGACUGGUGGUCUUUUGGAGUCCUAAUGUUUGAAAUGCUGACAGGAGCAUUGCCAUUCCAAGGGGCAAAUAGGAAAGAAACAAUGAUGCAAAUUUUGAAAGCAAAAUUAGGGAUGCCCCAGUUUUUAAGCCCUGAAGCACAGAGUUUGUUGCGAGCUCUUUUCAAAAGGAAUCCUGCAAACAGAUUGGCUUCUGGUCCUAAUGGUAUUGAAGAAAUGAAAGCUCAUCCCUUCUUUGGAACAAUAGACUGGGUGAAGCUUUAUAAUCGAGAAAUAAAACCUCCGUUCAUCCCUGCGGUUUCAAGAUCAGAUCAUACUGCUCAUUUUGACAAAGAAUUCACAACUCGAACUCCAGAAGAUUCCCCUGGUUGCCCACCUAGUGCCACUGCUCAUGAACUCUUUAGAGGAUUCAGUUUCAUUGCUCCUAGUCUAGAUGAAAAUAGUGCCAAGAACACUGAAAAUAAUCAAAAGAAUCAGAAUCAGAAACCUGAAAGAAGUUUCAAAGUGAAAAAAUCUAUUGCUAAUGAAUAUGAAUUCAAAGAAGAUUUGGGCAAAGGAUCUUAUUCUUUGUGUAAAAGGUGUAUAUAUAAAGAAAAUGGAAAAGAAUAUGCUGUUAAAAUAGUUGACAAAUCUAAAAGAGACUGUGAUGAAGAAGUAGAAAUUUUACUGAGAUAUGGACAGCAUCCAAAUAUAGUUACGUUAUAUGAUGUAUAUGAAGAUUCAAAUUCAGUAUACCUCAUCAUGGAACUAUUACAUGGAGGCGAGUUGUUAGAUAAAAUUCUAAGUAAAAAGUACUUCAAUGAAAGAGAAGCAAGUUCUGUAUUGGAAGUAGUUGCUAGCACUGUUAAAUAUCUUCAUGAUAAUGGGGUAGUCCACAGAGAUUUAAAGCCAUCUAACAUAAUGUAUGCAGAUCAAUCUGGCAGUGCAGAAUCUUUACGAAUUUGUGACUUUGGAUUUGCAAAACAGAUCCGUGCUGAAAAUGGUCUGUUGAUGACCCCAUGUUACACAGCAAACUUUGUUGCUCCUGAAGUUUUAAAGAAACAAGGUUAUGAUGAAGCAUGUGACAUAUGGAGUAUGGGUGUUUUGCUCUAUACUAUGCUUGCAGGACAUACUCCAUUUGCAUAUGGUCCAGCAGAUAAGACAAGUGAUAUAUUAUCAAGAAUUGGUGAAGCUCGUUUCGACCUAACAUCUGGAAACUGGGUUAAUAUCACUGCAGCUGCAAAACAUCUAGUACAAAAAAUGUUGCAUGUGGAUCCAAAGCAAAGGUACAGAGCUGCUGAUGUUCUGAAUCAUGCUUGGAUAGUAAAUAAAGACCAACUUCCUGACUGCCAGUUAGCACUACAAGAAGAACCUUCUGUUGUAAAGGGUGCCAUGGCAGCUACAUUCCGUGCCAUUAACACUAUUCCAAGCUCACCUACUCUACAACCAGUAGAAGCUUCAAAGUUGGCUCGCCGGCGGCAGAGAAGUCGCCCCAAAUCCUCUACAGAUUGAUGAAAAACCUCUCUCAAAAAUCCAAACCUUUAUAAAAUGUGUGACAUAAGCCAACAUGCAGGGCUUUCAUUUCAAAGCAGAUUUAUAUUUGGUCCUGGACAAGAAACAUUUGAUAUUCGUGGCUUUCAUUCAGAACUUGAUUUUGAAAUCAUUCUAAUUUAUUUUUGAUUUAGAAUAAUCAUUCCCUUUCUUCCCCAUCAAUUUACUUACUAUUCUGCUCGAAAUAGCUUAUCUCAUUGAUUCAGACUUCUUCAUCUCAAUAUCCAUGCUGGCAAGAUCAGAAUUUCAAGUAUUAUUUAUGGAUGUGAAUAAUCAGUACUUUCAUUUAUUCUUGAAUUUGUUUCAUUUGAACAAGGUAUGCAUUUAGAAGUUGACACAUUUUUCUUGAAAAUGUUUGGAGUGAUUUUAAUUUUUUAAACAACUGUUUAACUUUUAAUGAUUAUCUUGUUUUUUUUAUCAUGCUUUUAAAAUGGAAAUUUUUAUUAAUUUUUAAAGAAUUUAUUUUGUUGCUUUUGAGGUGACUUACAAUUUUUUAAAAAUAAUCAAAAUUAGUUUUUGUUAAUUUAGGAUAUUUAUGCAACUACAGGGAUAUUUUAUAUACAAUUUAUUUACUAAUGUGUGUUUAUUAUUCUUUUUAUACAUGAAUGUAUAACCAGGAAAGUUUUGAAUUGGAAGAAUUUCUUCUUGAAAGUUACCUGCAAGUAAUAUAUUUAAUAAGUUAAAGUUACAGUUAAUUAAGAUGUUUCACACUGGGUCUUAGCUUUACUACAUUUUAAAAAGUGUAACUCUUCAGAUUUUUUUUGUAUUGUUUUAUGCAACAAGAAAAUGAAAUGAAAGCAACUUGGUUCCCAUUAAUUACUGAAAUGAACAAUUGCAAAGUUAUGGAAGAUUUUGAAUAUAAAUAUCUUAAUAUUUACUUUAAAAAUAAAACAUAUCAUGCUUUUCAGUAAUUUCAAUAUUGGGUUAUUCAAACUUAAGCAAUAUGGAAUUCAAUCGGUUAUGAUUGAUAAUGCACUGGGCUGUGUAUUUAUAUGUAAAACUUCCAUGUUUAAGGGUAUACUUUAAAUAAUGUUAUAUUUGAUAAAAAGUGAAAUAGUGUAGGUUUGGAACAUAUUUUGGAAAUGGCACUGAAAUAAUUUGGUAAAAAAUGAAAAUAACAAAUUUCCAAAUAUUUUUAAAAUAAUUUUUAAUUGGUCAGUUUAGCAUCAAUAAAAACAUUUACUUAUUCAGUAAAUAUUUGUGUGUGAUUGACUUUAUUCAAAAUAUUUGCAGCCAUAGAACUAAGUUUCCAGUAUUAAUUUGUGACAAAUUAAUAUUUAAGUGCCUUAUAAAGAAGCAUUAUUUUGUUCUUUAAAGAAAUAUACUAUUCUUAUUUUUUAAGAAAAUUAAGUAUAACCUGUUUUGAGACACAGCAAAAUGCAUUAAUUUAAAUGUUGUUUACAUAUAAACUGUUAAAAUAUUUUUGUUAUUAAUUUUAUGAUUUUUGUAUUCAUUCGUGGAUUGUCUAGAAAUGAAUAACAAUUUCGUUUAACAAAAGAACUAACUUAUUUUUUGUUUUAAUAUUGAUAAAAAGUCGUUUCUUACAAAUUGAACUUGGGAAUAUAAUUUUUCAUUUCAUAAAUAAUAAUUAAAUGGCUUGUAAAAUAAUUGAACAUGUUUUGAAUUGGUGCAUAGCCUUCUGUUGCUAAGUAUGAUCGAAUCCUUGUUUAAAUACAAUAUUUGUUUUGUUAAAGCUUAGUUGGAAACAUGCUUAUAAUAUUAAAGAAAAUAGUGGUAAAAUAAUUAAAGAUUCUUUGUGUAGUGCAAGAUAAAUCUUGUUAAACUUGAAAGGUGAACUAUUUUGUUCAUAUCUGAGAAUUUGAAAAGAUUCUGUUAAUUUGUCUGUUUCUUUGUAAAGGUUUUUUCACUGGGAAUGUUAAUUUUUAAAAUUAUCUGUUUAAGUAUAGAAUAAUUGACUAAAGCAUUAUUAAAUUAAUUUAUUUUCACUGUUGAACUCUAAUGUAUACAAAAUGUUUUUUUAAAAAUAUAAUUAUGUCAUCUACUUUUGAUUACUAUUACAUUUUACUUUUUGAUUACUUAAUUAAAAAGUUAAUUUUUUAAAUAUGCAGUAAUUGUAUUAUUUUUAUGAAAUACUAAUUGAGGGACUAAUGUUGUAAGAUGCAGGUAAUAAUUGAAGCUAUUAGUUUUCUAAUGAAGUUAAAUAAAAGCUAUUUUAAUCCAUAGUUAAAGAAAGCUAUUUUAAUGAUAUAUCUAUUCUAAUGGUAAAAUAUUAUUCCUAAUUUGCAGAAUUAAAUUCCUUUUAUAGAACACUUAGAUAAGAAAAAAAAAAAUAAUAAAUAGUGAUAGAAUAAAUGGCCAUGGAAAACCUGAAAUUUAUGUCAGCAACAUGCCAACCACAAAUUUAAAGUUAAUAUAAUUAUAAUGUGGCAAUUCCCAAAUUCCAAUAAUCAGUUUGAACUUAAUAACUUCUGUUACCCUGAAAUUAUGGGAAAAAUCUAAUAUAAAAAUUUUAUUGCCUGUUUCUUUUAACAAAAUAUAAAUUCUAUACUAUUUCUUUUUUAUUUAUUUUCAAGAAGCAAUAAAUUUUUUGAUAUAUAAAUAACUUGUGGUAAAGCUCGUAGGUUUUAUUUAUUCAUAUGAACAUCGAAGGAAUUUUAACUACUGUAUUUUUUUAUAUUUUAAAUUAAUUUUUAACAUUGAAACUAAAAGACCUUCUAGAUUAAAAAAAAAAAAAAAUAUUGGCAUUUAAAGGUAUGUUAUAUUUUGUUUUAUGAACCAUUUUACAUGCAAGUUUUUUAUUUUGAGUAUUUCUUUUAUUCUUUCAAUUUUGUUCAUUAAUAAUGGCAGCUCAGAGGUACUCUUUAUACAUCCAAUUAGUUUAUAUCACUUAUAGUACUUUCAAGUCAAAUUUAAAUACAUUACUUAUACUUGUAUUGCACUUUCAAAUUUUAGAAUACAUAGUAGAAGUAUUAUUUGCAUUUCUAUAGUCAAUUCUUUAUGCUUAGCUAGUAGGAGUUAUGUGUAUUUCCUGAUUCUGUACAUAUAUGUAAUCAAAUUUCUAUUUUAUUGAACAAAUUCUUAACCUAUGAUUCAUUGGAUUUUGAGAAUAAAGUCAUGUAGUCAUUUUUACAUGUUCUGUAAUGUAGCAGCUCUAAAUUGUAUAUUUAUAUUUUAUUGUUUUAAAUCUAAAUGUGAUACCUGCAAUAUAUUGAUAUUCUAUAUUCAUGAUGUAAAUAAAUAUUGCAUUUAAAUGUUUGAGAACACUUUGAAUUUAGUGUAUUAAUUUUAAAGUGUGAUGUGUGCUGCUGAUAAGUGUGUGAAUUAAUUUAAAUCACUGCCAAGAUUAUAUAAAUAGGGUCCAGAUAGCUCUAUUAUUCUUUUUAAUCUCUAAGUAUCUAUUUCUCAAAGUUAAUUAUUUCUCUAAGUAAAAUAGUUGUUAGAUAUCUUUAAAUAUCAAAAUUUUUAAGAUGUAAUUAAUGCAUUUAUAGGCUUAUCUCUUUCUUGUUCAGUUUUUGUUCUCUCAAUUGAAUCAAAAUAUAUUAAUGAAAUUUCAUUUAUUCAUACAUGAUUCAUAGGUUAUUAUACAGAGGAAUAAUUGCAUUAUUAUAGUAUAUUGAAGAGUACAAUAUGCUUCAAUGCUAACUUUUGGUAUCAUACUGCCAGGAAAUUACAUCAAUUGAUGACGAGCAUUUGGUGCAUUUUCAGAAUUUAACAGCUUCAAUGUGACUAUUUAAUAAUUUUGAUCAUCAUAGAUAUAUUAAUUACUUACAUGAAAUAAAUCAUAUAUUCAUUUUCAAUCAUUGUCCUUCUAACCUCAGUAUGCUCAGUUUUUUUUUGGGGGGGGGAUUAUUCAGCAUAGAAAUGUCUAAAAAUUGCUAAUUAGCCCUUCACAGUUCUUUAAUGUGGACAAAUAUUUUUAUAUUAACUUAAUCUGAUGAAGGGAAUACAAAUGCGAAGUUAAAGCUCUUGUUUUCUUGUAGUGCAUUAUAUAUGAAACUCUGAUUCUGAUAUGUUUGUUGCAGAACAGUUAAUAAUUAUAUUAUGAGAAAAUUUUAAUGAUAAUAUUUAAGGCCAUAAUAAUGCUAUAAGGCUAUUUUCAUUUCAUUAUAUUUUUAAAAAGGAAUUAAUUUAUUGACUUUCUUUUUAUUUUAUUAAUUAAACAUAUGUUUUUGAAAAUUGCAUUUACAUUUGCAUUUAUCCUGCAACUGCACAAAUUAAAUUUUUUUUUUUUUGCUGAAUUUUUUGAAUUACAGGAUUUUCUUCUUUUUUAUAUUCAUAUAAUAUAAAUUAUAUUUUAAUAAAUUUUUUCAGUAAAAUUAUUUUGAUAUGAUUUAGGAUAGUAUAGGGCCCAGUUAUGCACUUCUGAUGAUGAAAAUAAGUUAAUUAUUAAUAUUAAGUAGUUUUUUAAAAAGCUAUAUAUUUAAAUUAAAAAAUUACUCUAAUAUAUUUAUGAUAUAAUUGUACUUUAAUUUUUACUUGCUAGUAUCUCCCUUGUUUUAUCUGUCACCCUGUUUAUGUAAUGUUCAAAGAGUGUUAAAUAGUUGUAAAGACUAAAAAUUCGAAGUGUGCAUUUCAUGUUAAUAUUUUCUUGCUGUUGCAGUUUUCAUAAAUCUGUAUAUUUAUGCUUUUGAUUGAAAGUAUUAUAAAAUAUUGAAUACAAA